AUGCCAGCAGGUCCGUCCUCGCCGUUUGAAGUCUCUCCAGCAAGCAGGGGCGAGACCAUCCCUCCGCAUAGUCUCCACCCCGCUGCCCAGCAGCUACAGCAGCCGCCACCGCCACCUCCGCCUUUUGCUACCGGUGCCGAUGCCGGUGCCGUAACCCACUUCCGCCCCGGCUCCGGCCCCCCUACUAACAACGGGUCUUCCAUCGACAUGUCUGGGAUGGAGGCCCACCAAUCGGUAUUUCACGCCGAGCUCUCACGAGAUCAGGAUGUACACAUAACUUCUGCCGCAGACGGGCAAACUGAGCAGCAGCAUGCUGUAGCGGUGCCUGGUGUCGGUGGCAGUGGUUUUGGACCAACGGGCCCGUCACCGUCCAAUAUUUCACACCGGUUAGUCCAUGGCCCCGUGAUGGAGCCAUCGCCAGUUCAGCAUGGCCAGUUUGGUAUUUUGGCGCCGGGCCUUGCGAUGCCAGAAGCCAUUACGAUUGAGACGGGCGAGUCUCUCGUCGGGCCCGCCGGAUUCAUCCCUAUUGACGGUACCACUACCCCCGGAUGGAGGCCACACGGCAGUCUUUUGAGCACAAAAUGGGUCCUCGACCCCCCGAACCUCGAUGAGUGGCGGCAGAAGCUGUUUGACGCAGAUGGCCUCAUCAUUCUCACUCAUGAGCAGUCCGUUAUUCCCCUACUCCAGCCGCAGCUGCAGCAGCACUGCCCAACAACCCCAAGAUUCGAAACCUACUUUCCACACGUAGACAAUGUCUACUCCCACCGCUCGACCCAAAACUACAAGAAGAAGCCCUUCAUCUCGCACUACUGGGACUGCCGCCUCAAGGGCCGCCCUCCCGGCACCAAAAAGUCCGACGACCCGACCAAGAAGCGCCGCAACCGCAUCUCGCGCAAGCUCAACCUGUGCGACGUCAAGAUCAAGAUCACAGAGUAUUUCCCGGGCGCCACCCUCCACGACGUCGACGACGGCACCUACGUGCCUCUGAACGGCGGUCAGGCGCUCAACGGGGCGCACACCGUGCUCGCGCCGCCCGGGGAGAGGGAGCUGAGGGUCGCGCCCGCCACGCCGAACAACUUGCCCGCGCCCGGGCAGAAGUUUUGGACAAUUCAGCGGGUUAAUGGCCACAUCAGCGUCAGCGGCAUCCCUGGACCGCAUCAGCAUACCCUAGCCAAGAGCGACGAGGUGAAGAAGAAUAGUAUACAGCGGUAUCUUGCCAAGCAUAAGACCGAUGCAGCCAAGAAUGAUGGGCCUAGAAAGGCAACGGGCCGAGCUCACUGGACCAUCAAGAAGCAUGAGAAAGAGAGCGAUCUGAAGCUGUAUUCCGCAUGUUACUGCCCCUUUUCUCAGAGCGUCUGGAUCGCACUCGAAGCAAAGGGCCUAGCGUACCAGUACUGCGAAGAAGAUCCCUACAAGGUGGCCGCAUCGCAACCGCUGCUGGAAGCAAAUCCCAGGGGAACCGUCCCUGCGAUACGGCAGGGCGACUGGGCUUGUGCCGACAGCGGCGUGAUAUUGGAAUAUCUCGAAGACAUGGACAGUACCAUCCCACUCUUCCCAUCCGACGUAAAGCUCCGCGCAAAUUGUCGACAAUGGAUAGGUCACAUAAACACCCGUCUCGCCCCAGCAUUCUACCGCCUCCUCCGCAGUCCUGAUCCGACCCUGCGACCGCAGUACAUUGAGCGCCUCCAAAACGCGAUCAAGGACCUCGUCCUCGCCGCCGACGAGGAAGGACCGUUCUUUCUGGGCAACACAAUGUCCCUCGUUGACGUACACUUUGCACCCUUUGCCGUCCGUCUCUCGCGCGUCCUGCAGCCGAUGUGCGGGUGGCCUGCGCCCGCGCCGGGUUUGCGCUGGGCGAAGUGGCUUGACGCGCUCGAGAGCAACGUGCACGUACAGGCUACGACGAGCGGGAAAGCUGUGUAUGCUGAGACUGUGGAGUUUUUGCAGGUGGCUCUUGAUCCGGAUGGACAGCUGAGCAUUUGA